AUCCUUAUCCUUAGUCAUAUGAAUUGUAAGAAUGAUUGGAGAGAUUAAACUCUAAAACACAAAAAUAAACAAACAGAUUAUGUCAUUUUGUACAAAAUAAAAAUAGUAAAUAAGUUUGUCUUUAAAUGAAGUACAAGCGAAACGACAUCGUUUAAGUGAUCACUUGUAGUUAAACCCUGUGUUGUCUUCUUGUUCUAGAAUCUCUUCUUCCUUCACCAUUUCUGAUUCGACAUGGCGGCUUUCUUAAGAAGAUUCGCAAACUCAACUCCGAUCGCAUUCGCCGCCCAAUCCAAAUCCUCCCGUACUAAUUUCCACCUACCCUUCACCGCUAUCGCCGCCAUUUCCGGCGGAUUCUCAUAUCUCUACUACUCUUCCUCUCCCAAUCUGGUUCAUUCAGAUCAAAUCGCUGAAGAGGAUAUUAAACCUCAAAAUAUCGCUCUGGUUCCUGAUAAAUGGGUUGAAUUUAAGCUGCAAGAUACUGCCAGGGUCAGUCAAAAUACCAACUUAUACAGGUUUUCAUUUGAUCCCACUAAGAAGUUGGGUUUGGAUGUUGCUUCUUGCAUUGUUACAAGGGCUCCAUUGGGACAAGAUGCUGAAGGAAAACCAAAAUAUGUCGUUCGUCCGUAUACCCCUAUAUCAGAUCCAGAAUCCAAGGGAUAUUUUGAUUUGUUAAUCAAGGUGUAUCCUGAAGGAAAAAUGAGCCAGCAUUUUGCAAGCUUAAAACCAGGUGAUGUGGUUGAAGUGAAAGGGCCCAUUGAAAAGUUCAGAUAUACUCCUAAUAUGAAGAAGAGCAUUGGCAUGAUUGCUGGUGGCUCAGGAAUUACUCCUAUGCUUCAGGUAAUUGAAGCUAUAUUGAAGAAUUCUGAUGACAAAACUCAGAUAUCAUUGAUUUAUGCUAAUAUCUCCCCAGAUGACAUACUGCUUCAACAGAAGCUUGACAUUCUAGCAGCAAGCCACCCAAACUUAAAGAUAUUCUACACCGUAGACAAUCCAACAAAAAAUUGGAAAGGAGGUGUAGGUUACAUAUCGAAGGAUAUGGUUGUGAAAGGCUUACCUGCUCCUAGUGAUGAUACUCUUGUACUUGUUUGUGGUCCCCCUGGGAUGAUGAAACAUAUAUCCGGUGAAAAGGCCAAGGACUGGACACAAGGAGAGGUAUCUGGGAUACUCAAAGAAGCUGGGUACACUGAACAAAUGGUUUACAAAUUUUGAGAAAUUUUGGUUUCUAGCAUGUGAAGCAUGCAUAUCAAGCACAAAUUGAUCGUAACUUCACAAAGUAGUUUUCAGAAGAAAAACAGUUAGCUGCAGAUGAAAUUUUUAGCAUGAAAUAAGUCUAGAAUUUGCAGAGCAUAUAGAGAAUUGUUGAUUGUGCAAGUGCCUCCUGAAUUUUUUAAAUUUUGUGGCGUGGAUGUCAAUAAAGAGUAUUAUGUGGGGAUAAACUUCUCCCACUCACUUGUCUUCUAAA